CAGAGAGAAUGAUGUAUGUACUGUACUCACUGCUGCUACUGUUUGGUGCUGUUGGGAUGUACGGUUAUGAAUUAUCAGAUAUCACGGGAAAGGUAUUUGGUAACAACAGUGGUGUCAUUCCAGCAUCAUUUGGAGAUUUCAACGGUGAUAAGUUGACCGACAUGAUUGUUCUCAAGAGUAAUCCCAACGACGACAUUCUAAGCCUGCGCCUGCUAUUGGCAAAUGAGCAGAAGGUUGUUACCUCGGCUAGCAGUUCUAAUCCUCUGUUCCAUUGGGGAACUAGAGAUGAAAACCUACAAUGCAACUUUCUCAAGGGAUCCCUAACUAGUGCAGUUCCCGGGGAUUUCGACGGUGACGGAGGAAUGGAUAUUUUUAUAACCUCCAAGAUCGGAGGGAAGCUGGAGGGAUCCAUUCUUUGGGGAUAUCAUACAGAUACUAUUCAUCAGCUCCUCUGUCAGGAAGACCAGGAUCCUGCCUGGGUUCAUACAAUCCCUCUGCUUCAGGAACCUCUAGUCUUUGAUUACAACUUUGAUUACAUCUCCGACCUACUCCUCGUCACAGAGGAUGGGAACAGAACUGUUUACAUAUUCUCCGAGAACAGGACGGAUACUUAUUCGGUUUUGACUUUGAAAUCUCCAAGAAACGAUCAACUCAAGGCCACACACUCAAACGCUCACCUUGAUAUGAACGAGGAUGGAUUUGCAGAUCUUCUUCUUACAACCUUGUCCGGGCUAGAGAUGUACCGAAGAGUUGGAAUAGGGUUGGAAGAGAACUUUGAAUAUCAGGGUCAUGUUCCCUGGCCCAACGAGGUUACAUCUGGAUCCUGUACCGUGGAUGAAUGUGUCGGCCAGGCCGUGAUUGCUGACUUUGAUCUCAGCGGAACCUUGGAUCUUAUCAUUCCCAUCUGUUUCGAUACGUUCUGUAAGAGCUCCAACAUGUUUCUGAUCCCGCUUUCGGAGCUGUGGACAGCCACAGGUUGGAUCUGGUUCCCCAUGUCUAUGGAUUUAGGUUCUCUGCACUUCUUUCCUCCCGGAUCUAAAUCCAACCUGCUCCAACUGAUGGCUCCACGGGUUGGAGAUGUUGAUCUAGACGGGUUUCCUGAUCUCCUGAUGCCUCUACAGAACACAAGCUCUCAACCAGAGACUCAUCUGCUGAUGAAUGUACCAUGCGGAGCAUUCUCGACGUGUCAACCCUUCUGGAGAGAGUUCCAACUUAGACCAGCGUUUACUGAAGGAACUGGAAACACCGUGAUGUCAACUUUCUUUGAUCUGUUUGAGGAUGGCCGGCCUGAUGUACUCGCUGUAUCGGGGAACCAUGAGAACGGGUUUAAACUUGCUGCUUACACUAACACGUCACAGGAUAGCGAUGCUUACUUUGUCAAGGUUGUAGUUCUGUCCGGAGCAUGCCUGCACAAUUGCCGCAAUAAAUCCUCGAAAUAUGUUCCCUACGGUACCAACAGUGGAGGUCAGAUUGUGUCCUACCGAUCCCAACGAGUAGGUCCUGAAACCUUUGAUUACUUCCAGUCCGUCGCUGCCCAGCUCCCACAGUCAGCCUACUUCUCCCUUCAAACCCCGUACACUAUAUUCGGGUUGGGUUUAGCUCCGAACUUUGUAGAUUAUCUCUGGGUUAAUAUAUCAGCUAUGACGCACUCCUGGCCCCAGAUUAUCCCCAACUCUCAGCUCUACAUCAUCCCGUACCCGCGGAAUAAGCCGGAGCAGUGGCAGGCCAAGAUAUCUAUAUUCCCGAGUAAAAGUAUUGUCAUCACUGGACUAUCUAUGAUCGGAACCUGUGCUUUCACCGCUCUUCUCAUUCUCAUCCUUCAUAUCAGAGAGAGGAGGCAGGAUCAUCAUGCGAAACUACAGGAGAGCAACAGAUUUCAUUUUGACGCCAUGUAGAUGUGAUAAGAUGAGAUAAUACCAGGAACUAUCAUAAGUCUCAGAUUCCGUAUUCGUUUUUGUAUCAGAUAUGGUGGGACCCGUAGAACCGGAGUAGAAAGACGAUAUUCAAGCAAUUUUUUAGUGCAUUUGAAGUCGUUAUGAAGCAAAAAGGUUUAUUUGUAGCUUGAAAUUGUUAAGUUAAAUUGGUCUUUGUUAAGUGCAAAAUACCCGUGUUUCAUGUUCAUUGAGCUAUUUAAAAUCAUAACGUAGUCUAACUGUCUUCUUUUUCGUGGAUUUUAUAUGUCCGACUGUAAUUAAAUCUUAAACUGUUGAAUAGAAAAAUAUUUAUUAAAGAUAAUUUUGCUCGAAAACUGUGAUUUAUAAACUGUAGUUAAUAUUUUUAGAAAGUCAUUCUUAUUAAAAUAAUAUUUGCAUAUUUAUUCGAUUUUUUUAUAAAUCGUGCUGAGUAUUGAUUUGAAGCAAUGUUGGGUUGGAAUACAUUCUGUUCUUAAGUUUUAAAUAAUAUCGCCAAAGAUUUUUCCGGUGAUAACCGUUGCAUGAAAAUUUUCAUCAUUUUAGAAAUUUUUUAAUUUAUUGUAAGAAAACUGGUUGAUGAUUGAUACCAUCCACAUGAUUAAUUGCUUCAUGGUCAACUUUUUUUAUACAUGUUCGUUUGUUGUCAGACACUGUUAUGUUUUAAAUUUAUUUUCAUUUAUUAAACCAUUCUAUUGUUUCGUUAAACUUCGUUUCCUAGGUUGUUAUUUAAACGAUCCUCAGAACCUAGACGAAAUGCCAUUUUUCAUGAUUUAAUAAUCCAAGUGGCAUUUUUAAAACUGUGAUUUUAUUAUAUGUUCUUUUAACUCU